AGCCCAUCAGACAUCUUCAAUGUUGGACCGGCUUGCACAAGUUACGCGCGGACAACAUAUGGGCCUAAUCGUUGAAGCCCAUUAGGUUAGGUGCUGACAAUACAAAGAAGGAGAGAUCACGACAGGGAUCUCCAAACUCAAGCUGAGCCUCUAGGAGGCGGGAGCUUCCAUGGCGUCUCUUGGAGAGAUAGAGUAAGCUUGUGAUAGAUAUGUAAUCCUAUGCUUAGUUCUUAACCAUGUACUUCUCUUGUAUUCUCUUUAUACUCUCUAGGGUUUGUAUACCCAGGACAGAGAGAGUAAUGAUAUUGUAAACCACAUCGGAGGUAUUUUCCGAUACUUCAUAGUGGAUGUUGUGGAUCCUGGAUCCACCCCAAACGCAGCGCGCUGCGGCCGUGAACUGGGUGAACAAUUCUUUAGUCAUGAACAAGGAUAAAUCGUAUGAAUAGUGAAAGGGACAGAGGUGUUAUGAACUUGUAUUCCGUAACAAGUGGGUAUCAUAAUCCCCACAGGUUUGGGUUUAGAGUUUACAAUUGAGUUUGAGUUUAGAGUUUACAAUUGAGUUUGAGUUUAGGGUUUACAAUUUAGGUUUGGGUUUGAGUUUGGGUUUGGAUUUAGGGUAUAGGAUUUGGAUUUAGGGUAUAGAAUUAUAUUUGAAAGCACAUAAUAAAAGACUCAAAGCUCGACAAAUGAAGCUUCAUAUCUUUUAUGUGAGAAUGAAGAAGAAGAAGCCGAUGUCUUUUAUUUUUUCAACUGUUUUUUUUUUCUAAUUUUGUUGUUUACUUAAUCUUACGUGGUAUUUUAAUUGGUUUAGAAGGUUGAGGUGAAUUAGAGAAUUCACCAGCAGAUGGGCUGAACCCAAGUCUUGUCAGAAUAAAAUAGAGAAAACACAAUUAAAAGCUAGUUUAAAUUCCAACCGUUGGAUCUCCCUUUUCCCUCCAAAGAAAGAUCAGAUCAAAUAUCAACCGUUGGAUCAUGUUCUCUCUCUGUUUCUUUCUUUUCUUUCCCCAGAAAACAGAGGAAGAAGAAAGAAACAGAGACAAGACCAAAGAAGAUCGCGAGACCUCACGUUUACAAUGGCGGAUCUAAAGAACCUCUUCCUCCUCACGAAACACCCGUCAACGACUCAGAUCCUCCUAAUGUCUCUCUUCUUCAUCUCUCUCUUCCUCCUCUCCUCUUCCCCUCUCCCAGACUUCUCCCACUCGCUCAUCGUCUCCACCUUCACCUCUCGCCUCCUCACCGCCGCAAACUUCUUCUCCUCCUCGAGUGCUUCCGACUCAAACACUAUCUACUCCGUUUCUCCUUCAAGUAUCCGAGUCAACAACGAGUCCAAGAAGAUGGAUAAAGAACUCACUUCUUGCGACAUAUUCGACGGAGCUUGGGUCUCCGACGACUCCGACCCCGUCUACCUUCCUGGUUACUGUCCUUACGUCGAAGACAAGUUCAACUGCUUCAAAAACGGCAGACCCGACUCGGGUUUCCUCCGUCACCGAUGGCAACCUCACGGAUGCUCUGUUCCAAGAUUCGAUGGUGAGAAGAUGCUGAAGAUUCUGAGAGGGAAGAGGCUUGUCUUCGUUGGAGACUCUUUAAACAGAAACAUGUGGGAGUCUUUGGUUUGUUUACUUAGGUCAACUCUGGAAGACAAGAACAAACUCUCUAGGGUUUUUGGAAAACAGAGUAAUCUCCACAACGAAGGCUUCUACGGUUUCAGAUUCAGAGACUUUGAAUGCUCUAUAGACUUCAUCAAGUCACCGUUCCUAGUUCAAGAAUCAGAGGUUUUAGAUGCGUACGGGAAGAGAAAAGAGACGCUGAGGCUUGACGUGAUCCAAGAACCGAUCACGAAGAUAUAUAGAAACGCAGAUAUUGUUGUGUUCAACACUGGUCAUUGGUGGACUCACCAGAAAACCAAUGAAGGGAAAGAUUACUUCCAGGAGGGGGAUAGAGUUUAUGAGAAGUUAGAAGUGAAAGAAGCGUACACGAAAGCUCUUCGUACUUGGGCUGAUUGGGUUGAUUCUAAUAUCAACAGCACUAGAACCAGAGUCUUCUUCGUUGGUUACUCCUCUUCUCAUUUUAGAAAAGGGGCAUGGAACGCAGGAGGGCAAUGCGAUGGAGAAACAAGACCGAUAGAGAACGAGACGUAUACAGGAGGGUAUCCAUGGAUGAUGAAAGUGGUGGAGUCAGUGAUCUCGGACAUGAAAACGCCUGUGUUUUACAUGAACAUCACGAAGAUGACUUGGUAUCGAACCGAUGGUCACCCUUCGGUUUACAGACAGCCUGUGGAGGUAAGAGGAAGUUCUCCUGCAAGUGGAAUGUUUCAAGAUUGCAGCCACUGGUGCCUACCUGGAGUUCCCGACUCAUGGAACCAGCUUCUGUAUGCUACUCUGCUAGUCUCACGUGGUUCCUUGCCUUACAAGUCUCUUGGAAGUCUCUUGUGACUUGUGAGAGUGUUUCUUGACUUUCUUUCUUUUUGAUUAGCUACUCGUUUGUUGAUCUUUGCAAGCUUUACUUACUUUUUUUUGUAACACAGAAAAAUACGCACGAAAUAUAAUAUACAUUUUAUAAUAUAGCAUGGCGAUUCCUUCUGCUAUAAAUGGAAAAUUUGAUUGUUAUAUACUUUUCUCAAAACGUUUUUAAUCAGCUUUUGUUUAUCGAAUUCAUCCCAAGGAUUUGCUAUUUGGUUAAUUCAUCCUAGAAAUUUUGUUGGAUAGAAGUUAUUAUAACACAAAAGAGAACUUACAAACUAGAGAGUCCACAAAGUAAAAACAUUUAAUCAUCGUGUUUGGUAUUAUCAAUUAUUAGAAUGUCAUUUUAAUACUUCGAAAACACAAAAACUAAAUUUCAUCACAAAAAAUCAUUUGAAGACAAAAACAUUGUUGAUUUCUGCUAAUUUUCAUAGCUUUUUAUUUAAAACUAAUCGGUGAUAAAUAGAUUGAUCUACGUCUUUUAUAUAUUAGUCAUGUCAAUCGAAAUUCCCAAUGUGGAAGCUUUAUCUUCUCAUAUGUUCCUUUGAGAUAAUGAUUUUUUUACCAUUAAUCUCGACAAAUCCCAAUCUACUAUUUGGUUCGGACCAUAUGGGUCAAGCUGAUGUCCCAUCAAAAUUUCCACCGUGAGAGCUUUAUAUUUUCACACUUUCUAGAGUUCUGGAGUACAAGUGUAUAUGAUAUAUGAUUACAUGCAUAUGAAAUCGGUAAGGUUACUGAUAGCUCUAGUGCUCAUAUAUGCAGAACAAAGCGUAUUCAUAUCAUAGGUAAGGUUAUGGAUCCUUAUGACCUGCAUGGCCAUUAUAAUAACCUCCUUUAUACAUUUUCUUAUGCAAACGGACCCUUAUGCGUAGACCGACGAGAGAGAGAGGUACCGACGCUGAAGUACAAAUGACAAAGGACAAAAAGAAUUUAGAGCAGUGCCUAUAAUGUCAAAGCUUUCUCUCGUUGUUACUAAAGAAACUCAUGAUGUCUACGACUACGUGACUGGCUCGUAUAUUGUGUCAUCAUCGAC